AAUGAAAAACAAUCUAUGCUGAAGCCAACCCUCAGUUCUCCAUUUCCUUGCAUUUGUUGGUGGUGAAGACUAAAAUCGAAGUCGAAUAUCGGAGAGCUUUUGAAAAUGGAACUUCUGCACUCACACAGAGUGGAGGUAUUGAGCAUAGCCGUUGCUCUUGCAGCCAUUGGCGCCGGAACCGCCUAUUAUUUCUAUUUCAUCAAAAAACCUAAAGGUUGCUUGGAUCCUGAAAACUUCAAGGAGUUCAAACUUAUAAAACGCACCCAGCUCAGCCAUAAUGUGGCUAAAUUUAUAUUUGCUCUUCCAACACCAACCUCAGUGUUGGGACUUCCAAUUGGACAACAUAUGAGUUGCAAGGGAAAGGAUAGUCUUGGUGAAGAUGUUGUUAAACCAUAUACUCCAACCACUUUAGAUUCAGAUGUUGGAUACUUUGAACUCGUUAUAAAGAUGUAUCCACAAGGAAGGAUGUCCCAUCAUUUUCGGGAGAUGUGUGAAGGUGAUUAUCUGGCUGUGAAGGGACCUAAGGGGCGCUUCAAGUAUCAGCCUGGCCAAGUUAUAGCUUUUGGGAUGCUUGCUGGAGGCACUGGCAUCACUCCAAUGUUCCAGGUCACUAGAGCCAUAUUAGAAAACCCAAGUGACAAUACCAAGGUGCAUCUUAUUUAUGCCAAUGUCACAUAUGAGGACAUUCUUUUAAAGGAAGAGCUGGAUAAUUUUGCUGCUAACUUUCCAAACCGCUUCACUGUCUAUUAUGUUCUGAAUCAGCCACCUGAAGGAUGGAAUGGUGGAGUUGGGUUCAUAUCAAAGGAAAUGAUUCAAACCCACUGCCCACCUCCAGCAACCGAUAUUCAGAUAUUGAGGUGUGGGCCACCGCCCAUGAAUAAGGCCAUGGCAGGUCACCUUGAGGCUCUUGGAUACACUUCCCAAAUGCAGUUCAAGUUCUGAGGUUCCUCACGGAGUUUGUCAUUCCUUACAAUGCCUCAUUUAUCCCUAGGAUGACCAUGUUGCUCCUAUUUAUUUUUAUAAAUUACUGUGCUGAAACUACCAGUUACACACUGCUAAAAACAUUCUUGUCGUUGCUCGGUGACAAGGUCAUUGCCAUGCCAUUUGAAAUCAACUUUCAUAUGAAUCAUACUUCACCAUUUGUUCUCAAGACACUUUAGUUUCUGUAGAAGUAGAAAGGCUGUGGCAUUACUGUUGGUUUCAUAGGAAUCAUAGUACCACUGUAUUUUUUUGUGGCACUGCAUGGGAAACAGAUUUUGCCUAUUA